GGGAACACUUCCGCCGCACGGGAACACUUCCGCCGCGGCGGCGCCGUUGCCAUGGCAGCUAGGGCCCCGCUUCCGCCCCCGCCGCGGCACUGCCGGGGCCGGUCAUGGAGGCGUCGCCGGUGCCCGACGGGCAGCACACGGCCGUGGUGUACGGGCUCAUCGCUGGCGGGCGCUUCGCGGAGGCGGUGUCGCUGCUGAACCGCGGGCUGCAGAAGAGCUGCCGCUCCCGGGGCUGCCUCUCGCUGCUGGGCUACUGCCACUACCAGCUGCAGGAGUUCGCGGCGGCGGCCGAGUGCUACGAGCAGCUGGUGGCGCUGCACCCGCAGCUGCACCCGUACCGCCUGUGCCAUGCGCAGGCCCUCUACAAGGCCGGGCUGUUCGCCGAGGCCCUGCGCGUCGCCAGCCCGCUGCUGGACGUCCCCGCCUUCCACCGCCGGGCCCUGCGCCUCCAGGCCGCUGUCCACUAUGCCCAGGGCGACCUCCCCGCGGCCCAGAGCCUGGUGGAGGAGGAGCUCGCCGCCGCUGCUGAUGGCGGCUCCGGAGCAGCCGAGGACCCUUCGGAGCGGGCCGAUGCCGAGGUCAACCUGGGCUGCCUGCUGUACCGGCAGGGCAGGCACGAAGAGGCCAGCGGCAAGUUUGCCAGCGCCAUGCAAGUGUUGGGGUACUGCCCCGAGCUGUCCUACAACAUGGCGCUGUGCUCCUACGCGGCCAAGCAGUACCACGCUGCCCUCAAGUACAUCUCCGACAUCAUCAAGCGCGGCAUCCACCAGCACCCGGAGCUCAACGUGGGCAUGACCACCGAGGGCAUCGACGUCCGCAGCGUGGGCAACACGCUGCUCCUGCACCGCACGGCCCUGGUGGAGGCCUUCAACCUCAAGGCAGCCAUCGAGUACCAGCUGCGCAAUAUGAAAGCGGCGCAGGAAGCGCUCACGGAUAUGCCGCCGAGGGCUGAGGAGGAGCUGGAUCCGGUCACGCUGCACAACCAAGCACUCAUGAACAUGGACAACCAGCCCACUGAUGGGUUUGGGAAGCUGCAGUUUCUUCUCCUGCAGAACCCCUAUCCACCAGAAACUUUUGGUAACUUGCUACUUCUGUAUUGCAAGCAUCAAUACUACGACCUGGCAGCUGAUGUGCUGGCAGAGAAUGCCCAUCUGACCUACAAGCUGCUCACACCUUACCUGUACAACUUCUUGGAUGCUGUUAUUACUUGUCAAACUGCCCCUGAGGAGGCUUUCCACAAGCUAGAUGAUUUAGCAGGGACGAUGACUGAGCAGCUAAGAAAACUCACAAAACAAGUACAGGAAGCUAGGCAAAAUUGGGAUGAUGAAGCUCUAAAAAAGGCAAUUAAUGAGUAUGAUGAGACUCUGGAUAAAUAUGUACCUGUCUUGAUGGCCCAGGCAAAGAUUUACUGGGACAUGAAGAACUACACAAUGGUAGAAAAGAUCUUCCACAAAUCAGUGGAGUUCUGCAAGGAACACGAAGUGUGGAAGCUCAAUGUGGCUCACGUGCUCUUCAUGCAGGAGAACAAGUAUAAAGAGGCUAUUAGCUUCUAUGAGCCGAUAGUUAGAAAGCACUACGACAACAUUCUCGAUGUCAGUGCCAUUGUGUUAGCAAACCUCUGCGUUUCCUACAUCCUGACGAGCCAGAAUGAGGAUGCAGAGGAACUAAUGAGGAAGAUCGAGAAGGCAGAAGAGCAGCUGUCUUAUGAUCAUCCUGAUAAAAAUACCUACCAUCUUUGCAUUGUCAAUCUAGUCAUUGGUACCCUCUACUGUGUGAAGGGGAACUAUGACUUCGGUAUUUCCAGGAUCAUUAAAAGCCUGGAGCCGUAUAACAAAAAACUGAGCACGGACACAUGGUAUUACGCUAAGCGGUGUUUCCUGUCCUUGCUGGAGAACAUGUCCAAGCACAUGAUCAUGCUGCGUGACAGUGUGAUUCAGGAGUGCCUGCAGUUUCUGAAGCAAUGUGAACAGCAUGGAAGAAACAUCCCAGCUGUCAUUGAGCACCCCCUUGAAGAGAGUGGGAUGCGGAAUGGGAAAAACACAGUCACCUAUGAAGCCAGGCUUUUGAGGGCACUGAUGUAUAAGAUCAGUGGGUGGCCUGAGUAAAUGUUGUUAUCAUACAGCAGGAAUGAGAACUUUGUUCUCUUCUUGUGCUUGUGAGGUAAUGCUAACCCUCACAAAAUUCUUUAAAGAUUUUGUGCUGUAUUUUAACAACGUUCAGUAGAAGAUAGUACAUUUUCAUUAAAUUAAGCUGUACCAAAUAACUAGGAGCAUUCUCAGUAACCAGUCAUGUUAAAUAAAACUUAAGAUGUGUUGACCAAGAAUGUCAUUAUAGAAAUACCAUGGAGUUUUCACCCAUAAGAUAAUACUUUAUCCUUCUGAAAUUUUGAUCAAGUUUCUUUUCAUUUGUUGACAUUUGAAAAAAAAAAUUAUCUGUCUCUUCUAGGACAGAAUUUGAAGAAAUUGUUGAUUUAAUUAUCUAAUUUGUGCAUAUGUGUGAAACGUUUCUUUGUUCUGCUUUUUCUAAAGUAUUUUUAAUAUGUUGCAGAUCACAUGGAUAGUAUAUUUAAACAAAAGAAAUGGCUUUAUAUUAAAAAAUCAGUUCUACAAACAUAUGUUUCCUUUUGUUAACUCAUUAAUAAUGCACAGGUGUUCUAGCAAAUUCUAUAACUAAUAUCGGGACCAAGAAUAAAUUCUAAGAAGGCUCUAUUAGGAUGAUACCUCAGUUUAGAUCUAAUUUUGAAAUAAAAUUUGUUGUGACAACUGGC